AUGGGUAUCAGCUAUUCCACUCCAGCUCCCUCAGAGAAACCCCCAGCAGCGGCAACCUCCCUGCGGCAGCUCGUUCCCGCAAGGGACGAUGUCGAAGAUGAAGCCCCGCCUCCAUACAGCGCGUCAGCGCCUACGACCACCGUUUCACUCUCUCAGAUAAGAAACUGGGAGGAGAUCCUCCUUCAGGACCCAAAGAACCGCCUCGCGAUCACCACCCUCGCAACAACCCCCUUCACAACCCUCCUGCGGAACCAACCCACCCUCCGCACCGACACCCAAAUCUUCAACAUCAGAAUCCCCCUUGAAGGCCAGCCAAUCACAAACCAGCGCUCCUCCGGUCGCUGCUGGCUCUUCGCAUCCACCAACGUCUUCCGCGUCCCGCUCAUGAACCGCUAUCACCUGGCCGACUUCGAGCUUAGCCAGGCGUACCUGUUCUACUGGGACAAGAUUGAGAAGGCGAACUUCUUCCUCGAGCAGAUCGUCGCGACGGCCGGGCUCGACCUCUCCAGCCGUCUCGUCCAGACCCUCCUCCAGGACCCCGUCACGGACGGCGGCCAGUGGGACAUGGUGGCCAACGUCGUCCGGAAAUACGGACUCGUCCCGCACGUCCUGUACCCCGAUCCUGUCAACGCCCAGGCAUCGGCGAAAAUGGACUGGCUUGUCACCGCAAAGCUGCGCGAGCAUGCGCUGAGGCUGCGCUCGCUCGUCAGCAAGUCGAGUCGUGAGGGGGCCAUGGAUGCGGCGGUAGCGCGCGCGAAAGACGAAGCGCUGCGGGAGAUCCAUGCGCUGGUCACGCUCAUGCUGGGUCCGCCGCCGCGGCCGGAUGAGGAGUUCGUGUGGGAGUUUGAUGACGCAGUGAGUGGGCGGGCGAGACGGGUCGUCGACACGCCGCGUGGGUUCGCGGAGAAGGCGUUCGCCAUGGCGGCGACGCGCAGGACGGAGGUCGAUCCGACGAGCAUGAUCAGCCUGGUGAAUGAUCCGCGGAAUGAGUUUGGGCGCUUGAUGACGGUUGAUCGGCUCGGAAAUGUGGUGGAGGGACGGCCCAUCACGUAUGUCAACGUCGAUAUGAAGACGAUCAAAGCAGCAGCCAUUGCUAUGCUCCGCGCCGGCCAUCCGGUCUUUUUCGGCUGCGACGUGGGCAAGUCCUCAGACUCAACGCUGGGUGUCAUGGAUGCGGAGCUGUGGGAUCUGGAGCUGGCAUUCAACGUCACUCUCGGAAUGACCAAGGCGGAGCGCCUGAGCAGCGGCGAGUCGUCCAUGACGCACGCGAUGGUGCUGACGGCGGUGCAUGUCGAGGACGGCAAGCCGGUGCGCUGGCGGGUGCAGAACUCGUGGGGCGACCAGGUUGGUGACAAGGGCUGGUUUGUCAUGACGGAUCGCUGGAUGGACGAGUUCACCUUCCAGGUCGUGGUUGAUCCGCGGUUUGUCUCCAAGGAGGUGCGGGAUAUCCUCAACCAGGAGCCGACGGUACUGCCGCGGUGGGACCCCAUGGGGGUGCUUGCGUAG